ACAUUAAACAAAUAUAUAUCAGAAAAAGAAGACGUAAUCAUUUCAAAGAAAACAAAAAAAACUAACGAAAUUUGAUAGGACAGAAGAGAUAUAGAUAAAAGAGAGUAAAGAGAAAAAGAGAAUUUAAGCGAAAGCGAUUUUUUUUUUUUGUUCCUGAAUCUACACUCAUUUUAUUAUCGAGAGAGAUCUUACAGAAGAAAAACAAGAAGAGUCAAUUGAGUUUAAACCUAAAUGUUAGCUGAGCGUCGUUUUUGUUUUAGGGUUUGAUAUUUUGAGAAUCCGUCAAGAUUUCGAACAUGGCGUUAUUUCGGAAGUUUUUCUACCGGAAACCACCGGAUGGACUUCUUGAGAUCUCUGAGAGAGUUUACGUGUUCGAUUGCUGCUUUUCCACGGAUGUUUUGGAAGAAGAAAACUACAAAGUCUACUUGGGAGGCAUUGUAGGUCAACUCCGUGAACACCUUCCGGAAGCUUCUUUCAUGGUCUUCAACUUCCGAGAGGGAGAGAGGCAGAGCCAAGUUGCAGGCAUUUUGUCUGAUUAUGAUAUGACUGUGAUGGACUAUCCCCGGCAUUACGAAGGAUGUCCAUUGCUUACUAUGGAGGUGAUUCAUCAUUUCCUUAGAUCAUGUGAAAGCUGGCUCUCACUUGGUCAGCAGAAUGUGUUGUUGAUGCAUUGUGAACGAGGUGGGUGGCCUGUUUUGGCUUUCAUGCUGGCUGCACUCUUGAUUUAUCGGAAGCAGUACAGUGCUGAGCUGAAAACGUUGGAAAUGGUCUACAGGCAAGCCCCCCGUGAACUUAUGCAGUUACUAUCACCACUAGAUCCAUUGCCUUCACAGGUGCGAUACCUUCAUUAUGUCUCAAGGAGAAAUGUGGGCUUGGAGUGGCCUCCCUUAGACAGGGCACUUACGAUGGAUUGCAUUAUUCUGAGAACUCUUCCAGACUUGAAUGGGGAGGGAGGUUGUCGGCCCAUUUUUAGAAUAUAUGGACAAGACCCAUUCAUUCCUGCUGACAGGACGCCUAAAGUUCUCUUUUCGACACCAAAGAGAAGCAAAACUGUCCGCCUUUACAAGCAGGCAGAUUGCGAGCUGGUUAAAAUUGACGUGGGUUGUCAUAUCGAAGGUGAUGUUGUGCUUGAGUGUAUUAGCUUGGAUGAAGAUCUGGUACGCGAAGAGAUGAUGUUCCGUGUGAUGUUUAAUACUGCCUUCAUUAGAUCAAAUAUUUUGAUGCUUAAUCGUGAUGAGAUUGACAUCUUGUGGAACACAAAGGAUCGAUUUCCCAAGGAUUUUAGAGCUGAAAUUUUACUUUCCGAGAUGGAUGCUGUUUCAUCCUUAAUCACGAUGGAGUCACCUUCCUACGAGGGGAAGGACGGCCUUCCAAUGGAGGCAUUUUCUAAAGUUCAGGAGAUAUUUAAUGGUGUUGAUUGGCUAGAUCCGAAGGUAGAUGUUGCGCUAAACGUGCUUGAGAAAAUAAAGGCACUAGACAAAUUGGAACCUGUAACUCCUGUUGCUCUCCAAAAAAAAUCUACUGAUUACCUGCCACCAGACACGACUCCUGAUAUUCAAGAGAAAUUGAAGCCGCAGCUGGAAAGUGUCUCCAAGAGCUCUACAUCCAUGUCUCUAGAUAGAAAAUUGUCUCUGCCCUCCUUAAAACCUUCUCCAGAUUCACAGUUGAUGACAAAGAUGGAUAUGACCCAAGACUCGCAAGUUGGACUUCAGCAACCCUCUCAAGCUAAGAUCAUUUCACAAAAAAACUCUCAGUCUUCAUUGUCCAGUCCGGUUUCAGAUAGUAACAGUUCAUCCCAAACUUCACCUAUGUCCAUGUCAAGGUAUAACAGUGCACCCUCAGCUCUUGGCAUUACUGCUCUCUUGCAUGAUCAUGAUUCAUCUUUGAAUCCUCUGCCCAAGCUCGAUGGCAAGGAAAAUUCAGUUCCACGACCACCAGAGUCUAUUUCAACAACACGCAUUUCUUCAGAGACUCCUAUUUCAACAGAUUCUGGAAGAUCAGGUCCUCCUCCUCCUCCACCACCCCCACCACCACUACAACCUCGUCAUACUCCAGCUUCAAAAAUGGUUGCAGAUCAGUUGAAACCCUUAGCCGCACCCCUGCCCCCUCCCCCACCGCCUGCACCCCCAUCUCCUAGUGUCACUAUCAACAAAUCACAUCCUCCCCCUCCUCCUCCUCCUCCUCCUCCUCCACCUCUGGUACCUGCAACUGCUGCCACAUCAAUUUUCCCCUCCCCUCCUCUCCCGCCCCCUCCUCUGCCCACAAGGAAGUCUGUUACAGCUAGCCCUCCUCCACCUCCUCCUCCUCCAUUACGUUCUGGGCCUUCCCCAAAUUCUAGAGUCUCCGCUCCAACCCCACCACCCCCUCCACAGAGCUUUUUGUCAAAGCAUCCUGGUGGAUCAACAUCUCAAAGUUCUCCACUUCCUCCAGUUCCACCACCAGCUCCGUUCGCCAGAGGGGUCUCAAAAGCUGGUGGUGCUUCCGCAUCACCAUCUGCUGGUGGUGUUGUUCCUCAUAGUCCUGCACCUCCUCUUAGUGUUCCAUUAAGUGCAAGAAGUCGAGGAGUAUGUGCUACAAGUCCAAGGAAUCAGCAAUCAGGUCAACCGAAGAAGACUACCUUGAAGCCGUUGCACUGGUUAAAGUUAACUAGAGCAAUGCAUGGAAGCUUGUGGGCGGAGGCACAAAAAGCUGAUGAAUCUUCCAAGGCUCCAGAGUUUGACAUGAAAGAACUCGAAACUCUUUUCUCAGCGGCGGCUCCAGCUUCUGAUCGUGGGGGCUCUAGUGAUAAAUCAAACAGACGUGCGUCACUUGGUGCUAAAUCCGAUAAAGUCCAACUGAUUGAUUUAAGACGAGCCUAUAAUUGCGAAAUAAUGCUUACAAAAGUCAAAAUUCCUUUGCCUGAUUUGAUGGGUUCUGUGCUUGCCUUGGAUGAUUCUGCAUUAGAUGUCGAUCAGGUGGAUAAUCUUAUCAAGUUUUGCCCAACAAAAGAAGAAAUGGAGUUGCUAAAGGGAUACAAUGGAGACAAGGAAAACUUGGGAAAAUGUGAACAGUUUUUCUUGGAGUUGAUGAAAGUACCAAGGGUGGAAUCUAAGCUCAGAGUUUUCUCUUUCAGGAUACAGUUUAAUACACAGGUCUCUGACCUUAGACGAGAUUUGAAUAUUGUAAAUUCUGCUGCAGAAGAGAUCAGGAAUUCUGACAAACUGAAGAGAAUCAUGCAGACAAUUCUUUCUCUUGGAAAUGCGUUGAAUCAGGGUACUGCAAGGGGUUCUGCUAUUGGAUUUAGGUUGGAUAGUCUCCUUAAACUAAUAGAUACACGUGCUCGAAACAACAAGAUGACUCUCAUGCAUUAUCUUUGCAAGGUGAUUGCUGAUAAACUACCCGUACUUCUAGAUUUUCAGAAAGAUCUUGGGAGCUUAGAGGCUUCAUCAAAGAUACAAUUAAAAUACUUAGCAGAAGAGAUGCAAGCUAUAAGCAAAGGGUUAGAGAAAGUUGAGAAGGAGUUGACUGCCUGUGAAAGUGAUGGUCCUGUGUCUCAUUCAUUUCGCAAGAUAUUGAAGGACUUUCUUGUUGUUGCUGAAGCUGAAGUGAGGUCGUUGGCAUCAUUAUACUCUGGGGUGGGUAGAUCAGCAGAUGCAUUGGCUCUUUAUUUCGGAGAAGAUCCUGCACGCUGCCCUUUUGAGCAAGUUGUAUCUACUCUGCUCAAUUUUGUGAGAUUGUUUGCUCGUGCUCAUGAGGAGAACUGCAAGCAAAAUGAGCUUGAAAAGAAGAAAGCGCAGAAGGAAGCGGAAAGUGAGAAAAUGAAGGUUGGUACUCCAAAGAAAGAUCUGCCAGAACAACAAUCUGGACCCAUUUUGGUGAAGAAAACACAAAGUGAAGGUGAGAGUGAAAAGACGAGGUUCGGUAAUCUAAAAAAGGAGUCAGAACCAACUAUGACUAAGGAACGCAAGAAUGAAGGGGAGAGUGGGAAAAUGAGGUUUGGUGUUCCGAAAAUGGAAUCAGAAUCACUUCGACCGACUAUGAGUAAGAAAACACACAAUGAAGGCGAGAUUGAGAAGACGAGGUUUGGUAGAAAGGAAUCUGACUCUGUUGGACCGAUCAUGAAGAGAACACAUACAUAGCCAGAUAUCAGAGACCAAGAUUUGGUACUGUAAUAAAAAAAAAAAGUUUGGACAAUAUAGAGGAGAGUUGGCACGUUCUGUAACCAUGCACUAUUUCCACUCGGAAGAAAUAUUGUAAUUCCAUUGUGCAGAGAGAAAAUUCUAGUGAUCUGGUCAAUUGUUUAAACUGAACUUAAAAGUGAAAUAGUGUAAAUGAUAUAUAGCAAAGAUAAAUAUCAUAAACUGAAGGGAAAAAGAGAUCUAGCGGAUGAGCUUCAAAAUUCUAAGUCAACUGAAUCUGCAUUUUAGAAGAGAUCAGGACAUAGCGUACUCCGUUUGGUGGCUAACUUGUAAAGUACUCGCAAGAAUUUUUGCUGUAAAAGUUCACAUAAGUAGGGUUUCUUUUUUUGUUUUUUCCUUGUCAACAAUUUUUUCUUUUCCUCUGAUCAAUUUUGUUGUAUGUAAUUCUUUUUCUUCUUUCUAACCUCUAGGUGUGUAAUGUUUCUACCUGGUGAUGCAAACAGGUAACUGUGAAAUACCCCGUGUCAAGUAUUGGUCUUUUUGAGCAUUCUUC